ACAUUAUCGAACAUAAAUAAUGCUAUAAAUGUAACGUGCAUGUUCAUAUCUAUAAGUUGGAACACAUCCACACAUCUUGCAGUCAGCAAGUCCCAUAGUGUCGGCGCGGUUGUGAACAUAGACUAACACGGAUUUCCAUAAUGGAGCCCAACGUGAGAGACAAAAAGGUAUACGACAAUAUACUUCAGUGCAUAGGCAAUACGCCAAUGGUCAGACUAAAUCGAAUACCGAAGAGCUAUGGACUGGAAUGUGAAAUGUAUGCAAAAUGCGAAUUUAUGAAUCCCGGAGGCUCGAUAAAAGAUCGCAUAUCUUACACCAUGGUACAAAAAGCGGAACAAUCAGGCCUCGUGAAUCCUAAUACCAGAUUCAUUGAGCCUACGUCUGGAAACACUGGCAUUGGAGUAUCUCUCACUGCUGCAGUUUUAGGAUAUGGAUGCACAAUCGUUACCCCAGACAAAAAUUCAGACGAGAAAAUGAGCACCAUGAGUUUACUUGGUUCGGAAAUAAUACAGACUCCGGCCAUGGCUCACUUUGAGGAUCCCGAUAGCUUUGUGUCCGUCACCAAGCGGUUACUAGACGAAAACCCCAAUGGAAUUUCUUGUGACCAGUACUCAAACGAGAUGAAUCCGUUGACACAUUACGAGCACACAGCAGAAGAGAUACUGGACGCUUUGGGCACGGUAGACAUGUUCGUGAUGGGGUCCGGCACGGGCGGCACGGUCACCGGCGUGGCUCGCAAGCUCAAGGAGAGGUGCCCCAACUGCAUCGUCGUCACUGUCGACCCACAAGGAUCGAUCAUUUUUGGUGAAGGAAAACCAGUGCUGUAUUUCGUCGAAGGAAUUGGCGGAGACUUUGUGCCAGAUGUAUUGGAUAAAUCGGUUAUCGACAAGGUUGUGAAACCAAAUGAUCAUCAAGCUUUUAACAUGUCAAGAGAGAUUAUCAAGAAAGAGGGAUUAUUGUGCGGUGGAAGCAGUGGUGCCAUCACAUAUUCGGCGAUUCAAGCCGCAAAGGAAUUGAAUCUUGGUCCUGGCAAGAAAGUUGUGGUGAUCCUUCCCGACGGCAUCCGCAACUAUAUGACCAAGUUCGUCAGCGACCAGUGGAUGGAAGCCCACCUGUUCAAGAAACCGCCAGAGAGAGAUUUCCCGUGGUGGAAUCGAUGUAUUUCGAACUUGAAUAUCGUUCGUGGGAUACCCACAGUGAAGGAGAGUAACUCUUGUAAGGACGCUUUGGCCGCAAUGGGAACUCACAAAAAUGUUGCAUUCGUCGUGAAUGAUAAAGGAUUCCUCAAAGGCGUCGUUUCCAAAGACAGUUUAAGAUCUGAAGCUACAAAUCCAAAGAAGAAGGGCAAUCUCGAUUUUAAUGACGUGGUUAGCAAAUACGUCAUGAAGAAACAUUACAAGAUUGUAGAAAACAGAGGGAACCCCACCGUGGGCCUGGCUGCCAGAAUAUUAGAUAUAGCGCCGUUUGUAGUGGUUGUUGAAGAGUACAUCAAUGGCAACAAUAACAACUCAGAAUCUAAAAAAAUGUCUAACCAUGUGGAGGAAAACAACACAACAGAAAAUGUGGUGCGGAAAUUUUUUAACCUUAAGGAAAUGCCGCAUAUCGUGAGACCUCUUGACAGAAAUCAGAAAAUUCAUCAAAACAUACUGAAUGUGAUCGGUAACACGCCACUGGUGAAACUCACUAGAAUACCCAAAGAAGAGGGUAUCAAAUGUGAUAUGUAUGCGAAAUGUGAAUUCCUAAACCCAGGAGGAUCGGUAAAGGACCGCAUAGCAUACCGCAUGGUACUCGAUGCUGAGGAGAAGGGUAUACUGAUUCCAGGCAAGUCUGUUAUUGUGGAGCCCACGUCUGGUAACACUGGCAUUGGAUUGGCUCUUGCUUCUGCAGUCAGAGGUUACAGAUGUAUAAUAGUAUUACCAGAAAAAAUGUCAGAUGAGAAAGUGAAUACUUUAAUAGCUCUUGGAGCAGAGACAAUUAGAACACCAACAGAAGCUGCCUGGGAUGACCCAACCAGCAACAUCAUGGUGGCCCAUAGACUAGCCAAGGAAAUUCCGGAUGCAGUAAUUUUGGACCAAUACAACAACCCUUGCAACCCGCUCGCUCACUUCGACGGCACGGCUGAAGAGAUCCUGUGGUCUCUGGACGAUGAAGUAGACAUGGUAGUGAUGGGGGCGGGAACCUGCGGCACCAUAUCAGGCGUGGGACACAAGAUAAAGGAGCGCUGCCCCCAGUGCGUGGUCGUAGGAGUGGACCCCUACGGCUCCAUACUCGCACAGCCGGAGCAUUUGAAUGACACUGAUGUGCAGAUAUACGAGGUGGAAGGUAUCGGCUAUGAUUUCCUUCCCCGAGCUCUUGACAGGGGUAUCAUAGACAAAUGGGUGAAGACUGAAGACCAUAGCUCGUUGGAAAUGGCGCGAAGACUUAUUAAAGACGAGGGAUUAUUAUGUGGUGCAAGCAGUGGUUCGGCGAUGUGGGGCGCCCUCCAAGCUGCUAAAUCCUUGAAGGAGGGACAGAAGUGCGUAGUACUGCUACCCGAUAACAUUCGUAACUACAUGACGAAGUUCAUAUCCGACCAGUGGAUGGAAGCAAGGAGUUUCCAACCAUUAGUGCGGAAAGAGAACCUAACGUGGUGGGACAAACCAGUGACACAGGAUAUGGCACAGGCUGUUGAGAGCAUCCCGCACACGAGCACACCGAAAGAAGCACUCGCGGUUUUGAAGAAAAGCCAAUCGACUCUCUUGACAGUCGUCAAUGAUAAAGGAUCUGUAAUCGGAGUAUUCACAGCGGACAAUGCCCGUCGGCGACUGGCCAACCUAUCGGGCUCGCUGUCGGAGGGUCUCGACAAGUUCCUUGUGAAGAAGUUCUACAAAGUAGACCUCGCACACAAGCCUACACUAGGCUUAGUGUCACGGAUGCUCGACAUCGCCCCCUAUGUUGUUGUCGUUAAAUCAGACGCAGCAACGAACACUCAAAGCUCCGUAGGGGCGCUGACAUCGGAAGAUCUACUCAUGAAUAUUUCCACUGAAACUAAAUAUAUGAAUGGAAACUGAAAUUUCAUAAUUAUGUAUUUAAGAACUACACAGCAUUACUACUGACAUUCAUCAUAAUAUUUUGAUAUGUAAUAAUAUGGAACAUAUCAAUUAAUUGCUGUCAUCCUGUUUUCUAAAAAUCUACUAUAGUAAAUAAAAACUGUAUGAAGCGGUUAUACUGGUUUUCGUAUUGUCACAAAUUAAUGUAAAUAAUUCGGUAAAAGGGUAUGGUGGGUAACGAAAAUCUGUAUUUAAAUCAAGGAAUUGUGUAUUUACCAGUGUUUUCAAUAACUUUAAUGAAUCAGGCAGCAAUAAGACAGUAUUACAUCUAGUAAAUAAACUUCCAAAAAAUAUACGAACAUCAGAUUGACCUCCUUUUUGGGAAGUUGGUAAAUACAUUAUACUGAAUAAUAUUGUACAAUAUUCUUGUAUCUUGCAAUAUAGGAUCUAAGACAUUAAGAGUAUGCAUUUGAUGAAUUUAUUUAGACCAAUAUUAUUUUAAGUUAUACCUUCUUUGUUCUGGUAAUAAAUGUAUUUGAUUUACUCAAUUUAA